UAAUCAACCACUUGUUAAAUGAUAACAAGACUUGUCUCUCUACACAUGUUGUUUAUCUCUCUCUGUCUUUCUCAUUAACAACAACAAAGACCGACUUAUCCAUCAUUCACAAUAAUAAUUACAGAUGCUGUACAACUUGAAAAUAAAUAGUUUUUUUUUCCCAUUAAAAAAAAUAUACACUAUAGUAUAAUAAUAUGAUGAUAGCAUGUUUUGACAUCAGUCAUUUAAAAUGGCGGUAUUGUAAUCGCUCAUUGUGAAUAUUAGUUGUUUUUUUUUUUCUGUUUAUGAAAAUAUUUGUUAUUGUUAGACAUUGAUGAUAUAUAUUUUUAUGAUAAAUAAUAAUUAGUUAUAAAUAAUGGAAGCUGCUGGUACAAGUGGUGUUGCAAGAACAACAAAAUUUAUGAUGGAAGGAGUUGGUGCCAGGGUUAUUCGUGGUCCAGAAUGGAAAUGGGGAAAACAGGAUGGUGGUGAGGGACAUGUGGGUACUGUUAGAAAUUUUGAAUCACCAGAAGAAGUUGUUGUUGUUUGGGAUAAUGGUACUGCUGCAAAUUAUCGUUGUUCUGGAGCAUAUGAUUUGAGAAUUCUUGAUUCAGCAACAACUGGUGUUAAACAUGAUGGUACAAUGUGUGAUACAUGUCGUCAACAGCCAAUUUUUGGUAUUAGAUGGAAAUGUGCUGAUUGUGCUAAUCAUGAAUUAUGUUCAAUUUGUUAUCAUGGUGAUAAACAUCAUGUUAGACAUCGUUUUUAUCGUAUAUCAACACCAGGAAGUGAACGUGUACUUCUUGAACCAAGAAGAAAAAUUAAAAAGAUUGCAAUAAGAGGUAUAUUUCCUGGUGCUAGAGUUGUUAGAGGUGUUGAUUGGCAAUGGGAAGAUCAAGAUGGUGGAAAUGGUAGAAGAGGAAAAGUUAAUGAAAUACAAGAUUGGUCAGCAGCAAGUCCAAGAUCAGCUGCAUAUGUUGUUUGGGAUAAUGGAGCUAAAAAUUUAUAUCGUGUUGGUUUUGAAGGAAUGGCUGAUCUUAAAGUUGUUAAUGAUGCCAAAGGUCAAACAGUUUAUCGUGAUCAUUUACCAUUGUUGGGUGAACAAGGACCAGGAAGAACAGCUCCACAUGGUCUUCAAAUUGGUGAUCAGGUAAAUGUAGAUUUAGAAUUGGAAAUUGUUCAAUCACUUCAACAUGGACAUGGCAGUUGGACUGAUGGAAUGUUUGAGUGUUUGGGUACAACUGGAAUUGUCGUUAGUAUUGAUGAGGAUCAUGAUAUUGUUGUAUCAUAUCCAAGUGGAAAUAGAUGGACAUUUAAUCCUGCAGUUUUGUCAAAAGUACAAACACCAGCACCUGUUGCUACAACAUCAACAUCAACAGAUAAUCAUACAUUUGCUGUUGGUGAUGUUGUUCAAAUAUGUAAUGAUUUAGAAAAAAUUAAAUUACUUCAAAGAGCACAUGGAGAAUGGGCUGAAGCUAUGGUUCCAACACUUGGUAAAGUUGGAAGAGUUUUACAAAUAUAUCAUGAUGGUGAUUUAAAAGUUGAAGUAUGUAGAACAUCCUGGACAUAUAAUCCACAAGCUGUUAUCAAAGUUGCAAGUAGUGAUGGAAGUAUGCCAGGAAGUAGUAAUGGUGAACCACUGUCGGCACUUUUGAAAAAAUUAUUUGAAACCCAUGUGUCAGGUGAUGUUAAUGAAGAGCUUGUUAAAUCAUCAGCAAAUGGUGAUGCAUCAAAAUGUGAAGAUUGUUUAAAACGUCCUGAUGCUGAUGUAAAUGGAGUAUUUGCUGGACAUACUGCACUACAAGCAGCAAGUCACAAUGGACAUCUUGAAGUUAUUAAAAUUCUCUUGCGUUAUAAAUCUGACGUUGAAAUUGAAGAUAAAGAUGGUGAUCGUGCUGUACAUCAUGCAGCAUUUGGUGAUGAACCAGGUGUAAUGUCACUUGUAGCUGGUGCUGGAGCUGAUUUAAAUGCCAGAAAUAAAAGACGUCAAACAGCAUUACAUAUUGCUGUUAAUAAAGGACAUGCUGGUGUUGUAAAAAUACUUUUAGAACUUGGCUGUCAUCCGAGUCUUCAGGAUGCUGAAGGAGACACACCACUACAUGAUGCUAUAUCAAAAAAACGUGAUGACAUGUUGGCUGUUUUGUUGGAUCAUGCAGCAGACAUCACUCGCACAAAUAACACAGGAUUCAAUGCACUUCAUCAUGCAGCACUACGUGGAAAUCCAAGUGCAAUGAGAAUAUUAUUAUCAAAACUUUCACGUCCAUGGAUUGUUGAUGAAAAAAAAGACGAUGGUUAUACUGCACUUCAUCUUGCUGCUCUUAAUAAUCACGUUGAAGUUGCCGAGUUGUUGGCUAAAGUUGGUAAAGCUGAUCUGGAUCUUCAAAAUGUCAAUUUACAAACAGCACUUCAUCUUGCUGUUGAACGUCAACACACACAAAUUGUUAGGCUACUUGUACGUGAAGGAGCAAAUGUAAAUGUUGCUGAUAAAGAUGGUGAUACACCAUUGCAUGAAGCACUUCGACAUCACACUUUGUCACAACUUCGUCAAUUACAAGAUGUUCAGGAUGUUGGUAGAUUAUUAAUGGGUUUAGGAGCUCAAGGACAAGAUAAAAAAAGUAGUUCAUUUAUUGCAUGUUUUCUUGCUGCUCAUGGAGCUAAUUUAGAGCUAAAAAAUAAAAAAGGACAAACACCACUUGAUCUUUGUCCGGAUCCAAAUUUAUGUAAAACAUUGACAAAUUGUCAUAAAAAUAAAGAAUCACAUGAUAUUGAACCACUACCACCAACAUCACCAACACCACCAGCAGCAAUAGCACCAGCAACAGCAACAGUAACAACAACAGCAACAGUACCAGCAAUAGCAACAACAACAUCAACACCACCAGCAACAGCAACAACACCUGCAUCAGUUGAUGAAUGUUUAUUUUGUUCAGAUGGUAAACGUGAAGUACGUUUCAAUCCUUGUGGGCAUGUUGCUUGUUGCAAUACAUGUGCACCAAGAGUUAAAAAAUGUCUUAUUUGUCGUGAAAAUGUUGUUUCUAGAAUAAAGCUUGAAGAGUGUGGUGUAUGCUGUGAUCGUAAAAAUGGAGCACUACUUCGUCCAUUUGGCCACAUGUGUGCAUGCGAAACUUGUGCUACAUUGAUGAAAAAAUGUGUACAAUGUCGUGCACAAAUACAACGUGUGGUACCCAUGUCCAUAUGUUGUGCUAGUGGUGGUGAUGCUGCAUUUGCUAAAGCACAAAAUACUCCAGCAGAUUCAGCAAACUUGCAUGAUGCAAGUGCUGAAAUUGAAGCCAAAGUUGAUGAAGGAAGUGGACCGUUAAAUACAAUUGAAAAAACAAAUGAUAAAACAAAUGAUGGUGAAAAAACAAUUUUUAUGAAUAAUGGAAUAAAAGAUACUUCACACAGUAAAAUACAAAAACUUCAACAACAAUUGCAAGACAUUAAAGAACAGACAAUGUGUCCAGUUUGUUUGGAUCGACUGAAAAAUAUGAUAUUUUUGUGUGGCCAUGGAACUUGUCAAAUGUGUGGUGACAGAAUGUCAGAGUGUCCAAUUUGUCGUAAAGCUGUUGACAAAAGAAUUCUUCUUUAUUAAUUUGAUUUUUUUUUUUUUUAUAUCAAUUCUAUUUUUUUUUUUUAUAGAAAAAACAAAAAAAAAAAAUAUCUACCAUGCUGCGAUUUUUUAUUAAUAUUUUGAUUAUUUUCUACGUUCAGAAAUUGGUAGUUGAUAAUAUUCAUAUUGAUAUUAAAUAUUAUCAAUUUUCUAUUAUCGAAAAAAAAUUUAUUAAACGUUAUAAAUUUUUUUUUUCUUCUCU